AUGGGCCUCGGCCCGGUGGAUAGGAGGCGGAGGAGAAGCCGGCAAAUCAGGGGACGAUUGCUUCACUUUAUAACGCAGGGUUCAAAAGUCAACAAACUGCAGAUGGAUGGGGAAAUGAAGAAUGACUCAGGGAAGGUGACACAAGACAUGGAUCAAGGAAACUGUGAAUCCAGUGUAGAUAGCGCUACUCGGGCUUCGUUGGUCAACAAUAUAAAUAAAAUUAAGAGUGUUGUUGAGUCCUUGUCAAACAGGCUUGAAGGUCUGGGCACUUGUGUAGAAACUAUUGAAAAGGGUUUGAAAAAAUAUAACCGAGAGCCAGAUCCUGAUUUUCGUUUAGAUCUGAAGCCAUCUUCUUUGGAUCCAGUUGAUCUUCUACCAUCUUUCCCUGACAAGUUUGAUCUAAAUGUUUUUUGUAAUUGGGUAGAGAGAGUAGAAACAUGUUUUAGCUAUUAUUUUUUUUCAGAGGCUGAAAAAGCCGAACUUGUAGCCCGUACAUUGCCACAGGAAGGAGAGGCUUUCAGAUGGUGGCAAGGUAUCCAAAAUGAAAGCAUGCAAGUCGACGAACGCCCGUUUGAUUGGAGUGAGAUGAAGUUGCUUUUUUUGGAUGAAUUCGUUUCUCCAAAAUGUUUGGAAGCCAACAAGAAAUCCAAGACAUCCUUGUUCCACCACAAAGUCGUCAGAAUACGCAAAGGUGCCGCCUUCCAUCGUUGA